CUCAGGAAACGGGUCCAAAGUCGUCGGGACUUGGCGAGGCUCUGGCCGCGCGUUCACCUCCCGCUCGGACGCAGUACGUUCCGGACUCUCGCGCAGGCGAGGUUGCACCAAUCCGCUCGGUCGAUCCAGCGACCACGUGCGCCUUCGCGACGUUCCACGAGGAACCGGCAUUGUUUUCCCGCGUGUGUUUUCGGUGUCGACCGCCGGAUCAUCGCGUGCUCCGAUCCCCCGCGAAGCCAGCGCAACGACCGAGUGCGGACGCGAGCUUCCGACUCGGCGAUCAGGACCGACACGCUGGGCCGAGCGAGAAAAUCGGAUCGAUGAGGCGGCUGAACUUCGGGCAGUCGCGAAAUGGAAUCGUGCCGAAAAUUCGAGGGUGUACGGGACCGUCGGAUGCCUCGUUAGAUUCCUAUGACAGCAAUCUCCGUUGCGGUUCGCAGCGUCGAGGCAAGAUCGGUGCCGGUGGCCGUACGGAUUUCACGGUAGCGAGACGGAAAUUUGGAUGCGAGCGGACCGCGAUCGGGAAGCGUGCGAUUGGUUCGCGUCGGCCGGCGCUGGUUUCAUGACUCUACUAACCCAGGAAUCGUCGACGACGCAAUGGAAGGAAGGGAAUUCCAUAAAUAUAGAAAAUCCCAUUGAGCCGGGGCUUUUACGAUUGGCCAUUAGCAUACGCGGCCGGGACGCGCAUAAAAACAUGUCGCGCGGCUAUUGGAGGCAAUCGCCGGGCCGAGAAUAGCUGAGAAGGUGAUAUCGCUCGUUCCGCGAUGUUCGCGCCGGUGUUACCGUCCCCGUUGACGAUUAACAAAAACGAGAACGGUGACGGCGGAGAGGUUCGGUGACUAAGAAGAAACACAACAAAGGCAGCAGCUUCGGUGCGAAGUGACGCGUCUCGAUGGACCCGCGGGUUCCUCGGGUUGUUCCUCCUGUUUCGUCGGAUCGCUCGUUUCCAUGAACAUUGAUCAACGGAGGAUUCCUCGGCCGUAGGAACCUUCGGAUUUGAAUUGCAAAUCGCGCGAGAACAUGGAUUUCUUCGGGACCAUUCCUCGUGUCCCCCGGUGAAACGAAACUCGAGCGGAGACUCCGGUGACCAAGGAAAAGAGAGGAGAGAAAGAAAGAGAAAGAGAGAGAGAAGGAGAGGAAAAAAGUGAAAAGUAUGUCGGUUGCGGGCACCAGGAAAUUAUGCAGAGUGGGCCUAGCCGCCGUGUUGGUCACCGCGCUGUGCGUGUUGACUCUGCUCGAUUCGCCGCCUCAACUCCCGGAUCCACCGGCGGAUCCUCCUCCCACGCCUGGUGGCGAACCUCCUGGCACAAGAAGCAUCGUGGCUUACUCCUGGGCGCGGAGAUUGGCACUCGAUUACAGACCCUCCAAGGAGUGCGACGGUAAUGGAACGUACGGGACGACGUUAAAUACGUUCAAGUUAGCCGACGCGAAGUGGCUCGAGACAAUCCCUGGACAGCUCUUCCUGUACAGCGCCCACUUGGACCUAAGAGUGGCCGGUUAUCCGAGCUUGAGGGUGAUUGGCGUUAAACGUGGACCAGUCCCGACCUCUGGCCUUUUCUGCACCGUUUGGUACAAGGAAGAGGAGAGAGGCAGGUCCGUGAGCGUGGAGGCGCUGGUCUCAACGAUUUGGUUGGACGAAUGGGACGAGACGGUGGACAGCUACGCGGGCGUCCUAGUCGGCUGUCAAUUAUCCCCGGACGCGGCGGUCGAUCCGUCCAGAGUGUACGUGGGCCCCGAACCUUGCCACAAGAAUGCUAGUCAUAGUUUAGCGAUAAGCCCGGAGAGCAGGGGCGAGCAGGAGAAUCGGCGCAGCCGUGAGUUCACGUUGUGCAUCAAGGGGCUGGACUUCGACGAGGACAUCUCGUCGCGUCUGGUCGCGUUCGUCGAGCUGCACCGCAUCCUGGGCGCGGAGCUCUUCUACUUUUACGUGUUCAACGUGCACGAGAACGUGUUGAAGGUGCUCAGGCUUUACGAACGGUCGAACGUGAUCAGAUGGUUCAAUCUAACGCUGCCCGGCGACCUGCCGAACGAGAAGAACGCUCGCAGGCGGCUGCUUGGUGAGGACAUCUGGAUCAAGAGACGGCUCGAGCUGAUACCGUACAAUCAUUGCUUCUACGACAACCUCCAUCGAUCGGAGUUCGUGUUGCCGAUCGACAUCGACGAGACGAUCGUGCCGAUCACCAGGCGCAACUGGUACGAGCUGCUGCUCGACGAGAGGCUCAAGCUCGGCCGAAGCUUCAAGGACUUCGCGUCGUACGCGGUCCGGAACGCGUACUUCUUCCCCGAGCUGCAGAACAGGAACCGCACCGACCCGAGCCGAUUCGACGGCGGCUCGCCAGACUCGCCGAGCUUUCUCGGUGACCUCGAUUAUCUGAACACCGUCAGGACCGCCUCCAUCUCGCCGGAAGGCGACUCCGUGAAGAGCUUCGUCUCGACCAGACGCGCGUUGACCGUGCACAAUCAUUACGCGCUGACGACACUGAACCCAUCAACCAGACGCGCGCAUCACUUCGACCCAGACGACGUCCUCAAGCACCACCACAGGGCCUGCGACGCGAGGCACUUGGACUGCGAGCUGCUCAUGGUGGACAUCAGGAUCGAUCAGUCCGCGUUGAAGUACGAGGACGAACUCAGAGCUAGGAUGGGCAAGUUUUUCAGCGACCUCAAGGCAUUCGAUUAGAGUAAUUGAUCAUCUUGUACAUAAUAAAGAUACGUUAAUCGGA